AUGCGGUCUCAGCUCCUUCGCGCAGCAGCGCGGUCUCGCGCCUCCCUCCCUGCUGCAACCACUAGAUCAUUUACUGCAUCUGCAAGACGGCCCGCCGAGGUCGAACUCACAAUCGAUGGCAAAAAGGUAUCGAUAGAAGCUGGUUCGGCAUUGAUCCAGGCUUGUGAGAAGGCCGGUGUUACCAUUCCCAGAUAUUGUUAUCACGAAAAACUCCUGAUCGCUGGUAAUUGCCGUAUGUGCCUGGUCGAAGUCGAACGAGUACCAAAACCUGUUGCCUCGUGUGCAUGGCCUGUACAACCCGGUAUGGUCGUCAAAACCAAUUCUCCACUAGCCCACAAAGCAAGAGAAGGCAUAAUGGAGUUUUUACUGGCAAACCACCCUCUAGAUUGUCCCAUUUGCGAUCAAGGCGGACAAUGUGAUUUGCAAGAUCAAUCAAUGAGAUACGGUGCCGAUCGAGGUCGAUUUCACGAGAUCACGGGCAAGCGUGCGGUCGAGGAUAAAAACAUUGGUCCAUUGAUCAAGACUUCAAUGAACAGAUGUAUCCACUGCACAAGGUGUAUUCGAUUCGCCAACGACAUUGCUGGCGCACCAGAGCUUGGCUCGUCGGGACGAGGCAACAAUAUGGAGAUUGGUACAUAUCUUGAACGAAAUCUUGACACCGAGUUAUCCGGCAAUGUGGCGGACUUGUGCCCCGUGGGUGCUCUUCUCACAAAACCCGGCGCUUUCAGCUACCGGCCAUGGGAACUGACCAAAUUCGAAUCGAUUGACGUUUUGAACGGAUUGGGCUCCAACAUCAGAGUCGAUGCUCGAGGUCUCGAGGUCAAGAGAAUAUUACCCAGACUAAACGACGAUGUCAACGAAGAAUGGAUCGAUGACAAGACCCGUUUUGCCCUGGAUGGUCUCAAAACCCAGCGCUUGACUACUCCGUUGAUUCGACGAGAUGGUCAAUUCCACCCGGCCACAUGGGAGCAGGCUCUCACAGAGAUUGCGUCCCAGUUCCGGAGGAUAGCACCUGCCGAGAACGAGUUCAAAGCUAUUGCUGGACAUCUCAUCGAAACUGAAUCCUUAGUAGCCAUGAAGGAUCUUGCCAACAGACUGAACUCGGAGAAUCUUGCUCUUGACCAACCUGGCGGUAGUUCGCCGAUUGCCCACGGUGUCGAUGUUCGAGCCAACUAUUCAUUCAACUCCAAGAUCUUUGGAGUCGAAGAAGCAGAUGCCAUGCUCAUUAUUGGCAGCAACACACGCUGGGAAGCCGCAGUUCUCAAUGCAAGAAUUCGAAAGCAAUGGCUUCGCUCACCGCUUGAGAUCGCAUAUGUUGGUGAACCAUUUGAGACCACAUUUAAAUACGAGCAUUUAGGAACCGACACUGCCGCCAUAAAGAAAGCACUCGCCGGUGAAUUUGGCAAGAAGCUUUCUGGUGCGAAACGUCCCAUGAUUAUUGUUGGAUCUGCUGUUACUGAGCACCCCGAUGCUGCCGCCAUCUAUGAAGCUGUCGGCUCUUUUGUCGACAAGCAUCAAGGUGUAUUCAAUACUGCAGAAUGGCAGGGCUAUAAUGUCCUACAACGCGUCGCUUCUCGUGGUGGUGCUUACGAAGUUGGCUUCACAACGCCCUCCCAGAAAGUGGCCGACACGAAAGCCAAAAUCGUCUGGCUACUUGGUGCGGACGAAGUGUCUGACAAGGAUAUCCCUAAGGACGCAUUUGUGAUUUAUCAAGGUCACCACGGUGAGACUGGAGCACAAUUAGCAGAUGUCAUUUUGCCUGGUGCUGCAUAUACCGAGAAAUCAGGCACAUAUGUCAACACGGAAGGACGUGUACAACUUACUCGUUCCGCAGUCAGUUUGCCUGGCGCAGCAAGAACAGAUUGGAAGAUCAUUCGUGCUACAUCGGAAUUCUUGGGGGUUCCUCUUCCAUAUGAUGAUUUGGAAGUUUUGAGAGAUCGACUCGAGGAGAUCUCACCAGCACUCAGACGAUAUGAUACUGUGGAGCCCAGUGCAUUGACAGCUCUCUCGAAGGUACAGCUUGUCGAUGGCAAUAAGGGAGCAAAGACAACAAAUCAGCCACUUGAGCUGCCAAUCAAGAACUUUUAUAUGACAGAUGUUAUUUCCCGAAGCUCACCAACGAUGGCGCGCUGCUCGGCGGCAAAGGAAACCGGCAACGCAGAAACAAACUUUCAAGCGCCUGGGGAGCCCAAUUCACAGGUUGAAUAUGGUGGAACUACUGUCUAA